GCAAAGAUUUUGUUGAUUUUGGAAGUGUUGAUUGGAAAAACGUGUUGAGAAAACACAGAGUAACUGAUCUCAGCCGCGUUGUUGUCUUCUUCGAUGAUCAUCAGAAUGAACUCAAAAGCAGGCUAAAGCAGGCAUUGAAGGCAGGUUUCCAACAUCUCAUUUUCGAGGAUAACUACGAUACAGGAACAGGGGAUCACUAUUCUCUAAGACAGAUAUGCGACCAGUCAUAUAUAAAAGGAGGCGGCCACAGCUGUUUCAAAGACAGUGAUGAAGCGAGGAUAAGAUCAAAGAGGAAGAAGUUCUGGGAAAAAGCAGUUGAUACAGAGGAACUAUGCGGACCAGGUGAAACCUGGUGGGGAGUGAGAGGAGAAAUGAGAGAUGACUUUAACCACACUAACACACAAAUCUCAUACAAUCAGCAUUUUCAGAACAGCAGAUACGUUGAAUCGAUUCUUGAUGUCUAUUGGGAGGUGCCACCUGUUGCAGGACCUUCGUUGACUCAUCAAUCUCGAUAUGACCCUGCUCGUUCGACUCCACCGAUUGUAGCAGAUGGGAAGCGCCGUUUAUUUCAAAGACUCGGUUUAGGUCGGCUUGAUAAGUCUGUGUUCAAUGGCUAUACUCAGAUGGUUUACCUACAGAUAUCUAAGCCCAGGUCAUAG